GCCGAUAUUUACUAAACUAAAAUUCAAUGUUUUGGAUUCAUCAUGGCGAGUUGCGGUUUCCGUACACUAACAACACCUAACAACAACCAAGACCCAACCUUGAAUUUUCAACCCUCAGCACUCACCUCACAACGCAACGCAACGCAACCGGAACAUCCGCCCUCCGCAUGAAUCUGACUAGCCAUAGAUAAGAUGUGAUACUUCAAAGAUGCGGCUCAAUCACACUUGCCACAAUGUCAUUCCAAACCCCCGGCGGCCCGGCCGCCAAGCGACGGCGGAUUGAAACUGCAAAUGCCACCCUCCGGAAACCCUUCAGAUCACCGCUCGUAAGCCGGCAACAACAAACCGAGCCUGGCGCAGAUAGUGCACCCUCACCCAGCAUCAGCCAAACCUCGUCCGCGGCGAGCUUCACUCCACACACUCCAGCAACACCAGUGCCGGCCCGGGGAGGCCACCGCCCUGUCGCCGCAUCUCCCCUCUCCACCAGCCCGAGCAUCGCCAGCGCCAGCAGCACCCCAGGACUUUUAAAGCGAACCGCGAGCCUCACAUCAAAACCACACCGCACUCCAACCACCACCACCCCCAACCGUCCCAAACCCAAACCCAAACCCAAACCCAACAACCCCAACAACCCCAACAACCCCCAAAACAACAACAACACCCCCCUCCUCCACCAACUCCAAACCUCCCAAACCGCCCUGACCAGCACCCUCCGCACCACCCAAAGACGACUCGACCUCGUGCGGCAGGCGCGGCGCAUCGAGGACUCCGCGCACGCCAAACGGCCCGGCGAGCCCGUCGACGCCGAGCUGUGCGCCAUGGCCGCCCGCUGGAAGGCCACCAGCCGGCUGGCCGCGGACGAGCUGUUUGGGCUGAUUAGGGGGCGGGUGGAGGGGAUGGGGGGGGCGAGGGCGUGGAGGGGGAGUCGGCGGGUUGUGAGGGGUGGUGGUGGGUGGGGGGGUGAUGAUGAUGGGGAUGGGAGAUGGGGUGGGGGUGGUGGUGGUGGUGGUGGUGGUGGUGGUAAAAGAGGGGAGGGGGGUGAGGAUGGAGAUGGUGGUUGGGAGGGGAAUAGGGAGGUGGAAAAGGAGGAAGAGGAAGAGGAAGAGGAGGAGAGUGGGGAGACGGAGUUUACGAUGAUGAUGAUGCUCAAGAGCUUGAAUAUUGAGCCCGAGGUCUUGGGGUACGACCCGGUUGAGGAUAAGUGGAGGGAUUGACGCUGUUGCAGUUGCGGAUACAAGCGAUGCAAAGGAACUACACAAGUUGCCGUUGAAGGAUGGUAACAACCACCACGAGUUUAACCUAGCUAUCAUCAUGAAGACUCGACAUGGCUGAACUGCUCGAGAAGCAUUGAUAUGAACGACAAAAAUAUAACUCAUGCGCACUUCCACGUUGAGAACAUUCGUUCACAUCACUCAAUUAACCCCAGAGGAGUGUGCUAUUUAUUGAACCUGGCAACUCAGCCCGAUUUAGUGACUCUCACGUGUUAGUGAGCCUCAUGUUUCAGUUGCCAACAGCCGAGUGGUGAC